AUGAAGUUCUACUUUGCUAUCCUAGUGUAUGCUUCUUUGGCAUCUUUCCAGGCGGCGAUUGCAAAGGGAGAUCUUUCCUCAGAGUUUACGAACUCAGCGGCUUUGGACGAAGCUGAGAAACUAACAUUGUACUGGAGUGUGGACUGGAAUGCAAGAUCAAUUUCUUUCGCAGUGGAAGCACAAACUACUGGAUGGGUUGGUUUUGGGAUUUCAACCGGCCGAGGGCAAAUGAUUGGAGCGGACAUCGUAAUCGGAGGAGUUACAGAUAAUGGAAAUCAAUAUUUUUCGGUAGGAUAUUGAGGACUUACGAGCCCGUUUCUCACUUAUUUUGGGUAAAAAAGGAUGCUCCUAAGAGUCUGUCAAUCAUUAGAGGCAUCUCCAAGCAAGCUUUGGAAUUUUCCCAAAUUUUAUAUAUAUAUUUGUUUCCCUUGGUUUUUUCACGGCUGUUUCGUGGAACUGUCAUUGCGUAACAAACUAAUUACAUGUGAUAGCAUUGAAAUUUUAGCGGCGAUCGCUAUUUAUUAGUCCAAAGUAGUAACUGAAGAAUACAGCAGAAUUCCUAACCUUUCCCCCUGUUUUAUUUAACGUGUCCUAUCGGCAUUUUGGGUGUGUGAAGUGCAGUUGGUUUCUCAUUUCUCCAAGUAUUGUUAUGCAACAAUGAUUCUCAUCAGAUUUGUGUUGAACGAGCGUGACCAAAUUUAGCCUGCGGGCAAGCUCCCAGGAGAGGUUUGUGCCGCCCUCGGUUUUAAACCCUGAAGAAAAGGAAGGAGAGCUCACACACUACGCCUCUGGAAUUUGAACUCCAAUUCCCCUGUGACUCCUCGUCGACAGAGCUGUCAGAUUUCAGCUAAUCAGCCCGAAGUAGAAACGAGCGCGAAUGUAAACAAACAUUGAAAACAACGUGCAAAGGGUAAUGACGUCAUUACUAAUGUCAUCUCCGCCAAUCAGCAUCUUGCAUCGACUUUUCGAUGCAAAUAUUCAAAUUCUAAAGACGUAGUUGCAAGCUCUCCUUCCUUUUCCAGCCCUUCUUUCAGAGCGUCCCGGAGAGCUUGCUCGCAGGCAAGACCAAAUUAGAUAUUUAAAAAAAAGAUCGCGUUCCGUGAUGGAAAACGCGAAGGGGUGAAGUGAAACCUCGAUACUGAGGCCCGGGGGGUGCUCAAACCCCUUUCGCAUGCCUUUUAUUGACAAAUGCCCCUUUUACAAUGUAAGCCCUUUUAACUGCUGUGAAUACACUUUCUUGUGAAUCUGAAUUAAAUCACUAACGCAGGCAGUUUUCCUGUCUUUCACAGCUAUAAAAUGCACCUGUUUGCCCUUUAAGGUCUUUUCAAAGACCACAAUGACAGAUUUCCAUACUUUUUCAUAUACUUCAGCUCCUGGCUUCAGCUAGUAAAGUCCAUACCCUUUCACAUACCUCAAGCCUGAAAUACUGCGUUCUUUCGAACGGAACCUCCCCGUAUAUAAGCUAUUUUAAGGGGUUCUUCCCAGGACUAACUUAUCCUGAUGCUCCGUAAUUUCCUUUGUUGUUCGUCAAUAGGAUCGAUAUGCGUCUUCUUACAGCACUCCGGAAUCAGACUCAUCCCAGGAUUAUAAGCUUAUUUCCUUGACAGAAACAGACGGUAAAACAACCAUGAAAUUUGAACGGAAAUUUGAUACCUGCGACGACAAAGACAACAAAAUUGAGGUAUGGGUUCUUAGCGUUAACCUCAAGAAUCCAUCGUGAAGAGGACCUCCGUUUCUCAACUGUUUGAGAAAAUGCUAAACUUGGCUCUUUACUCUUUAGGAGGGAACAUCCAAGGUCAUUUUUGCUUAUAAUGACGCAGACCCGACGUCAUCAGGUGCUUUUCUAAAGCAUACGUAUAAAGGGUCCCGAAGCGUGAUGUUACUGAACACUGGAGGCAAAGCACCUAAACUACCUGCAAACAUGAGUUACCUUGAUAUACUUAAUAAUAAGGUAAAACUGUUCUUUUAUGUAUUCAUGUUUUAUUUUAUUUGUUGUUCUGUCAUAAAGUGACAGCCAGUAGAGAUCACAAUGUGACAGUGCUAACUGGCUUUGUUAGUACGUUUCAGAUUGAAAGUAAAUUGCGUGUGUGAGCUCUUCAUGAUAACAAUCGCACAACGGCAAGUGCAAAGAUGUCCUUUCUGCCAACCGUGCCUGCAUACAUAAUCCUGAUUUUCUUGAGUUCAUUUUUAAGAAAAAACUGCAAUGACCACUUUUUAUUACAUCAGGUAUAUUUUUGAAUGCAAAUCAAUUAAACAGACAUAACUUGAAGCGUCCUGGACUGUAGAGUCCCACUUUGCGCUCUGCAAAUAACUUUUGUAAUAUAAGCUAAUGACAUUCGCACCCAACAGAGUAAUAAACUGAAGUGGUGUCUAACUAUGUGCGGAUAGGCUUUAUAUGGUUGUAUACAAACAACAAAACAUUUGUUCUAAUCAGACCAAAGUUCCAGGGAACAAAACAGUGUACUGGUGCAACGUGUUUGAAAUCCCCAGGAUGGAAAAAAAGCAUCAUGUUGUCAAGGUAUUUGCAUCUGUUGUGUAAUUCAGUCUCAAUCACUUACUCGGAGUUAUAAUUACAUCAUUAUCAUACUAGUGUUACGUGAAACCAGCAGGAGAUGGUAGGGCCAUCCAUCAUGCGCAAAAAUGUUACUUAAAUUUCCUAAUUCUUCUUUCUUUUCCACCCAAAACGCCGAAACUUGCCCAAACAUUAGAUUAUACGAAUAUUGCCAAUAAUGCGAAAAGGUUUUCAGCUAGUUAAAAUGGUCAGUGAGAAAUAGUUUAUGACGGAAAAUAAAGUUAGCGCUACAUGUCAUAUUCAUAUGACCGUUACUCGGACUGCGUGGUUACACUUGUAUGAUAAAUCUUUUCCGUAUUCAAUGCCAGUGAACACGAGGCUUGGGUUACCUUGGGUGCCAGAGACUUUUCAUGCGCGGUUUCCAGUUUCAGUCAAGUUUAUGGCUUCGGCUUUCGCGUGCUGAAGAUCUGUUGGCCGACACUAAAGCAUGUCGCCGCGCCCGAGAAAAAUCUCUGGUGCAAGCGUGGACAAUUCCAUACAAUCACUUUAUUAUUUAACUCAAGCCUGCAGUUGGUGCCGUUGUUCAAAAAGUGAAGGAGUACAGUAAAAGGCAUUCUUAAAAUUAGGUGAUUUAGCAACACAAUAGAAUUCCCCUCCCUUAACUUGGUAAUAUUUAUUUAGGUGGAGCCUAUUGUUCAGAAAGGUCAUGAAGGACUGGUUCACCAUAUCUUGGUGUACGAAUGUUCGUAUGACUUCCCUACAGCCUUUCUAAAUCACUCUGGACACUGCUAUGACAGAUCAACCCCACAGGCGAUCAUGAGGUGUGCUGGACAGUCAACUGUGGCUGCUUGGGCCAUAGGAGGAGGGGUAAGCAGUGUUUACCAUCAAAAACGUCAUAUUCACCAUCUCCAUUAUUAACAUAAUCAUCAUCUUCGUUAUCAUCAUCAUCACUAUCAUCACCACCGCCAUCAUCAUCAUUAUCAUCAUAAUCAUCGCCAUUGUUUUCGUCUUCUUCAUCGUCACUAUCAUCAUCAUCAUCAUCAUCAUCAUCAUGUUUAUCACCAUCUUUGCCUUAAACAGCUUGAAGUUUGUUUGUCCAUAUCCGGCAAGGUUUUAAAGUUUGUAGCCAGCAACUUUAUCUCGACACAACAAAUGAGGAAAAAAGGAAAAUCCGGGCACUGUCUACACCAUUAAAACCUUCAUACUUCUUAGUAAGUGGACGACACCAAGACAUCCUUAAACAACCAAAAUUUAUUCCUCAAAUUUAACUUUUACAGAGUUUUUACUACCCUGAACACGUGGGGAUGAAAAUUGGUACUGAUGAUACACCAAGAUAUAUUGUCAUGGAAACACAUUAUGACAACCCUGAUAAAAGAACUGGUGAGAGCACCUUUAAUUCGGACCAUGGAAAGAGUAAAGUAACAACAGCUACACCUUAGCUUAUUACUUAUAUAAAGUAUUUUAAAACUAGGUCCAAUGGAGAAUCAUGUAUUCAGGCCGUGGAACUUGAUAGCAGAUGGAAGAAAUUCAUUGUCAUAUUUUUUCGGAUAGUGCUUCACUUUUAUAAAUGCUUAAUUCACUCGUUGAAAUGUUUGUAAAAAGCGAUAACAGCUAAUUGAAACAGGCACCUCAGAUCCCCUGCCGGCCUUUCCCCUCGCAGCCAUUUUCUUCUACUUUGUGUAAGGAUCACGCCUCUCUUAGACAAAUCUUUAGUGACUGUACGUACCACCUUGGAAAACGUUGACAGUUUUCACUUCUACUCUAAAAAAAUAAACAUACCAAAAGGUCAUGCUUCAUGUCAUAUGGCACGCCAAUGACCACAGAUAUCCUUUUUUUCAAAAUUUCCUUUGUCUAGAAAGCAAUAAACGGAAUAAAUUGACCUUUUACUUACUUACUCACUGACCUAAUUACUUACCUACUUACUUACUUAUACUUAAAACUGUGAAAGGUUUUCACCAGGAUGAUCAUACUCAACCUACUUAUGUUACUUAUACUUACUUAUUAACUUACUUACGAAACCGUAGCCAUGAUAUUGACUUCAGUUUCCAAUAUAUAAUGCCUGUGGUAAUGCCUUGUCCUUUAAAUCUCAGACUUCGUGGACAGUUCAGGACUUCGUUUCUGGUACACGGAGCAAACUCGGAUGUAUGAUACUGGGGUAAUAUACGCUGGCUGGGGAGUACAACAUCAUAUGAUGAUACCACCAAAACAGAAAGAGUGGAAAACCACUGGAUACUGUGCAGCGCCAUGCACAGAGAAGGUUAGUAACUAGGUUACCGUUCAGCUUUUUUUAAAAAUUAUUAUUAUGAGUGUGUCCAAAACGAGGACUGCCCAAAUCAGCGAAUGCUGGAGGAGACAUUAACCACAAAUAACUAAACUACGCGAGGUUUUUGCUAGAAAAGAAAAAAUAAUCUUUCAAGUGGGCGAGCGCUUUGGCUCUGUUCUACUAAUGCUGAAAUCAGAAAAGCUAAUAGCGAAUCAGAUUUGAGAAUUUGUUAUAGUUAUAAUUAUGAUGAUGAUAAUUAUAAUUCAACAUUUAUCAUGUUGGUCGUCAUCAUCAUCAUCAUCGUCAUGAUCGUGAUCAUCACCACCAACAUCGUUGUUGUAUCAUUGUCUUCCUUUGUACAAGAUAUUGCCCUAUUUUACGAUAUAGCCGUAUCACGAUAAUGAGAUGAAUGCUGAAAAACUAUUCACGCGAAUCAUAAUUGAAAAUCGUUAUUCUAGUUUGCAUUUAAUUUACAUUUCGACUAGCUAACAACGUGAUAUUCGAUGUUUUAGGCUUUGGAAAAAUCUCCACUUCAAGGACAUAAAAUUAAAAUUUUUGCGGCUUUGCUUCACACUCAUUAUGCAGGUAACGUAAAGUUUGGAAGAAAAGUAUCUUUUUACGUCCCUUAUUUUUUUUUUCUUUUAAAACAACCUCUUCUAAAACAUUGUCGGACAUUCAGGAAUGAGAAAGUUGUAUUGGACUGAGACAAGAGAGAUCAUUCUCUCUUAGUUAAAAUCACAUUUGCAGACAGAGGGGACCGAGAAACUUAGAAUACCUACUAUUUAAUUCUUCAGCAACUGAGGUAACGUUGCCGAUCAUUUUAUAUUCUCAUUCCAAGUAUCUUCUUAGACAGGACUAAAAUGAAUGAAUAUUGACUUAUACUUCCAUUGUGUCUGACUACUCACCACGCCUGUAAUGUAUCUCUGUUAUAGGUAGAAAAGUACAUGUCCACCAUCUUAGGAAUGGAAAAGAGCUCAAAGAAAUUGUUUACGAUAACCAUUACGACUUCAAUUUCCAAGUACGUAUUCUCUAGCAGCUGUGAAAAGCGUACCAUAUUAAAUUUUCACCCCUUUAUUUUUCCUAAUGAGCGUGAAUUAACCUGGAUUGAACUGGAUCGAGUUGUGAUUUUAAUGAAAUGAAGACUUGGCACCCUCCCCUAAGAAGCUUUACCGUCAAGAGAGGAGGUGGGGGAAGGGGAGGGGAGAGAGGGUAGGGUGCAGCUAGAAGACGCUCCAGGGCUGUCCCGAUAGUUUUAUGGCAUUGAUCCCCUGGUCUCUUUUUCUUUUUUUUUUUUUUUUUUUCAAUUCUAGGAAUAUCAAAUGCUAAAGGAGGAGGUUGAGGUUUUUCCGGUAAGUCACAAUUACUAUUUAUAUAUUUCAUCUUAGUAGAAAAAAAUGGCAGCUGGAAUCCUUUAAAACAGACCACGAAGAAAAGAAUAUUCUGAAGAGGAUAUCUUUGAACCUCCUAAGUACAGCUGAAUUUCACCUCAGCUGAUUUUCUCCGGCGAAGUUAUCGAAGUUGCCCAAACCCUAAUGAUAAGGGAAAGAAUAUAGAAAUCAAUUCUAAAAGUAACAUUUUAUUCUCAGGGAGAUGAAUUCAUUGUUGCCUGUACGUACGACACUGAGGACAGGAAUCAAGUGACUUUUGUAAGUGAAAACCAGAAGUAUAUAGGGAGCUCAUUGUCCUGUAUUUUUUUUUUCAUACAAAAAAGCAAAAAGAAAAAAAAAGAAUGAAAAAGUCAAAUAGAAAUGUAAAUAACGUUUCGAUAUUUUGAUAAUUCUGAAAAAGCUUUAGCAGUACCGGCGGUAUAACACUUACUGUUAUCAAUUGAGUUGAAAGCAGGUGGAUUGGCCACUGCAAAGAUGUUAAUUUGUCUGCUUCAGUCUCCCAACAGACCAGAUCCCUGAAUGCAGUGAGCAUGCCUAAUUUAUUCCUAUUUAGCGUUUUUCAGUUCUCUUUUUUUACUUUCUAUAAAAACGUUGUUACAAUUAGGUGUUAAAGCUUAAAAGUUAUAAGGACCCCCUAAAAUUUGCGAAUAGUCCUGUUAUGGACAGUCACAAUCCAGAUACGACAUCGACUCGCAAUUAAAACAACUCGAUCGCUUAUAUUUAAUUGAUUACACUCCUAGUCAUACUCAGAGAAAAAAAACAUAGACAUAUCAAAUGUCCUUUAUGGUGCUGGUUAAACCGUUAGUCGCCAUUUACCAAUAGAGUUCAUUAAAGCUAAAUCAACUCUAUCAAAGAUGUUCCGAUGCACCCAAUUUUUAAAAAACCUUAAAAAUACAACCUUUUAAUCGAGAAUGACGAACAAAGAAGCAACUUUUUCUCAAAAGCAAACUGGUUUUCUUCUAUUGGCCAGCAAACGUGUUUGAUAUAAAUAAUUUUUAAUUAGUUCUCACGAAUUAUUCAUUAGGGCGGUCUUCAGACGUUGGACGAGAUGUGUCUGGCUUUUCUAAUGUACUACCCCAGCGCUGAUUUUACCCAAUGUGCCAGCGUUUCUAAGGAUGCUGCAAAUAGAUUCUUUUUGAAAUACGCUUGGUAAGAAUCUACAAUCUCGUAACUGUAGCUCUAGUUUCCCGAGGUAAUAAGUCAUUAAGUGACUUUUUUGUUACAUAACCCAAGAAGAAAACUUCUACGUGUAUAAUUUUAUCAAAGUAAAUUUCAGCCAGCAUUAAACAUUAGGGUGCAGCGUGAGAUGUUGUAAUGUUGAUCGCUCAUAGACGUUUGGCCGGAAACAUUUUAUUGCUAGAUGUCAUGUGAUCUCGAAGUAACUAAUGUGCUCUUGAACUGUUUGGAAUAAUUCCAGCCAUAUAACAAAUCCGAUAUACUAGCCGAUGUAGAGGUUUUAUCGAUUAAAUGUUUAGUUAGGUACUGCUCCAUGUAAGGAAAUCCAAGACUGUCUCGGAUUAGGGUUCCACAAAGUGAAUUCCCGAUUCCAUUUACGGGAUUCCGGAUUUUUUGUUAGUGGAACUCCAAUCGUUAGUGGGAUUCCGGAUUCCCUGAACCCUAGCGAUCUAUUCGGGAUUCCAAAGGCAAAAGUUUCCCGCAUUCCGGAAUCCAUAUGCUCUUACAUAGGGCGAUCGGUAGUUGCAUUUAUAUUGCUCUCUCUGCACUACAGGAAUGGAACACAUCAGAUCCCUUUCCCGCCAAAUAUAUGGACCAGUGAAAUGACACAAGAUCUGCGAGCAGCUUAUGACGCGGAUCUUGAACUUAAACUGAGAUGCACAGCCGCUGGUAACCGCGGUAUACAGGUAGGUGCGAAGUUCAAUAAA